AUGACAACUCUGGUCCCCCGUGAGCCUUACUCCCAGGAGGAGCUGGACCGGCUCUAUCCUCGGGACCUGAAACUCCAAUUGGUGCAAGUGUUUCUCCGUCAUGGAGAACGAACGCCCGUCUCUUCGCGUUUCCAGAAUGCAGGACUCGCUCCAUACUGGCCGUACUGCAAUGUUGCGCGACAGAUGAUUCAAAUGGCCGCCAGCAACAAAGACCUCACAUCGUGGAACGGGUUCGAAUGGAGGAGGAAGACGGAGGCUUUUGGCGACAAGGACCAAUCUGUGGUUGCAGUGGGAGCAACUGGACGGGAGACCACCUUUGCCCUAGGCCAGCGUCUGCGACACUUGUAUGUCGACCAGCUGGGUUUCAUGCCCAAGGUCAAGUCCGAUACCGAGGAUAUGUAUCUUCGUGCCACUCCCAUUCCCCGUGCCCUCGAGUCCCUCCAGCAAGCCUUCUGGGGCAUGUAUCCCGCCAGUGCCCGCACCCAGGACUUCCCACCCCCGGUGAUCGUUGCACGCGCCGUAUCGGAGGAGACUCUCUUCCCGAAUGAAGGAAACUGCCGCCGUUUCAGGCAACUUGCUAGGCUCUUUGCGAACAAAGCAGCACUCAAAUGGAACACCUCUGAUGAAAUGGACUACAUCAACAAGCGCAUUUCCAAGUGGAUGCCGGAAAGCUCCCCUCGAGUCGCAGUAGACGGCCACCCUCAACUGUGCGGAAUCAACGACACCAUCAACGCUACCGAUGCCCACGGCCCCGCAACCAAGCUCCCCUCCGAAUUCUACGACCGCAAACUCAGAGACUACAUCGACCAGAUCUCCGUCGACGAAUGGUUCACCGGUUACACCGAGAGCAACGAAUACCGCAAACUCGGCAUUGGCGCUCUCCUCGGCGACGUCGUCGACCGCAUGGUCAGCGCCGCCGUUGACGGCGGCUGGCGCAGUGAGUCCUCCGCCUCGGGCUCCUCCCCAACCAACGGCAAAGCCAUCAAAUUCGCCAUGAGCGGCUGCCACGACACCACUCUCGCCGCUAUCCUCACCAGCACGGGCGCCUUCGACGGAAAAUGGCCCCCCUUCACCUCUUCCGUAGCCAUCGAGCUCUUCUCCAAAGCCGAACAAGAACAAGCACGCGCGACAUCCACAUCUGGCGACGCAACCAACAAGAAGGGCCUCUUCUCCUUCCUAACUGGCUCUUCCUCCUCCAGCACGCCUAAUACCCCCCAACCCUCCGAAACAGCCCGUGUCCCUCUGUCCUCUCUCCCCGAAUCAUCUAAAGAAUCCCUCCGCUCCCACUACGUCCGCAUUAGAUACAACGACCGUCCUGUCCGGAUCCCCGGUUGCGCCGCUAAGGCUGAGAACCAUCUCCCUGGUGACGAGAGCUUCUGUACGCUGGAAGCGUUCAAGGAGAUCGUGGACAAGUUCACCCCCAAGGACUGGAGGUCCGAGUGUCUGCAGAAUCUCGGUGAGGGGUUGUAUGGUAAGAAUGAUGCGGAGAAGUCGGUGGCUGGGUUCUAG